AUGCCAGGCUCAGCCAUCUCGAAGGACUCGCAUAUCUUUGAGCGUUCUGCAAGCUCAGGGAACAUCUACGGUUCUGGAACUUGCUGUUGCCAGGACUUGGAACAUGGUGAAGAAGUGUUAGUGUCGUCAGAGGGGAUCCCAACACACUUGAACUUUGAAGACUUCACCAUACCUACGUUAGAUCUGACCACUGAGUUGGUUACAGAUCCUCAUGUUUCCUUUGAACUGAUUAAGUUAAAGCUGUGUGACCGAAAACGUUCUAGAAGCUUGAUUUCAAACAGUUUGAUGAGCAGACUCGAUGGUGAUGGCUUAAAGGAAGCUGAUGAUGACACCUAUGAAACGGAGGAGGAAGAAUUUGGAGAAGCAGUAGAAGAAGGAGAAGCAGUAGAAGAAGAAGGAGAAGAAGAAGACGCUUUAGAAUACCGUGAAGCUGACGAUACUAAAAUCUCUGUAGCAAGCGUUAGAUCAGCACCUUAUGCUAUGCUGCUGCGAAUAAGCCAGGUUAAUGAGAGUGUCAUAACUGAUAAUGGGAUAUCCGAAAUUCCUGAGAAGAUAUCACAACUUCAACGCUCUCAAUCAUCUUCCAAUGGAGAUUAUCUUGUGUUGGAUUACUAUUCAUUCAACGAGUUGGUGCACCACAGACCCAAAUAUGUGAGCAAAUCUAAAGAUUACAUUUUGGAUCCAACUUCACAGGCAAUGUCGUAA